GUUCAGGAUACGUUGUGCAAUACGCGCAAUCAUAUUAACGUUCCAGAGAAUUUUUAGUUUCAUUCUGCAAGGAUGUUUAUAGUGAGGUCAUGAGGAUCAGGCGAGACAAUUUGAUUGACGUACAGGGUUAAAAAAAACAAUAGAUUAGGUUACCGCUGAUUCCAAGAAUUGCUAUUAAGAGAAACUCACAAGGCUUCAUGGUUUCAAAUUGACUGAUUCCUCGAAAAAAUUAUUUUGCACACUAGCGUUUAACAACGACAUGGAUAUCAAAACGUUGCUUCAUAACCUUCGCGAAGAAGUUUCUUGUUCAGUGUGUACCAAUAUAUUCACGGAUCCAAAACAGCUCCAGUGUUUACAUAGUUUCUGUGCGCAAUGCUUGAAGCAGUGGCACAGAACAAGCUAUGGCCGCGACACAAUCAGAUGUCCUAAAUGCCAAGUUCUUAGCAAAGUGCCGGAAAGUGGCGAUCUGAAAGAUCUACCAACCAGUUUUUACCUGAACGGCCUGAUUGAUGUAUUAGCCAUUAAAGAAUGUAAAAACAGUCAAGUACAGUGUGGAAAUUGCGACAAGAAAAGCUCCGAGACAUUUUAUUGUUUCCAGUGUUGCAUAUUUUAUUGCCAAGAAUGCGUCAUUGGACACAACAUCAUGCGAAGCAGCAAAGAUCACCGUGUUCUGGCGCUUAAAGAUUUUCAGGAUAAAGACUUUGAGGAUGUGAUAAAACGACCGUCCUUUUGCUCAAAACAGCGACACGAGAAAGAGGAGCUGAAAUAUUUUUGCAAAAAUUGCGACGAGGCAGUUUGCCAAACCUGUGUUUUGAUGGACCACGCAGGUCAUGCCUUGGAACACUUAGAAGAAGAAGCUGAGAAGCAAAAGAUUGAAAUCAAAUCACUGACUGAAGAACAGAAACACAAUUUACAAGCAAAGAUAAACACUGUUGGUCAGCUUGAAAAGGAAUACGCUCGACUAAUUCAACAAGGCGAAGAAGCGAAAAGAAAUGUUCAAAGCUUUGUCGAAGACGUGAUCGCAGUCAUUCAAGCGAAGAGGGAUAAUGUCAUUGCAAAGGUUGAAAACCAAACAAAAGCAUCCCUUCAAGCUCUAACAGCUGAGAAAACGGAGACUGAGGGUGAAAUAAAGAGCAUUGAAUCAACGCUGGAAAAAACCAACGAGCUUUUGACGCGAAGUACAGACGCUGAAAUCGUUCAACUAAAGAAGUCAUUGUGCGCAAUCAUUGCGACUCAAACUGAAAGCCAACCAAUUAAGCGUGACCCGGAAAGCUUUCUUGUUCUGGUUUUCAAGGAAAAUAAAAAGAUGCUGGAUACCGUCAACUCCGAAGAAAUUGGAACUGUACUUCAUACAUACAACAAAACGGAAGCAGGAAUGUCUUUUACGGAGGGCAAAGAACUGAGCGAAGGUUUUGUAGGAGGCGAGGUACAGUUUGUUUUGGUCACAAAAAACGCUCAAGGACAGCAAUGUUAUAAUAUGCAUGACAAUGUAACGGUAGAGAUCACUGACGAAAGACAUUUAAAAUGUGCCACAGAGGUGCGAAUAAACAACAAUGAAGACGGACAGUAUCAUAUCAGCUACUCUCCAAGAGAUUCAGGCAGAUUCAAGGUGACAGUCAAGGUAAAUGGAGAACAAACCCUCGGAAAUCCUCUGAUUGUGCAGGUAAAAGAGUUUCAUUUAAUAUCAAUUUCAACUUUUGGAACUUUCGGCUCAAAUGUUGGAAUGUUACAUAAGCCUUGUGGCUUGGCAGUAAAUGCCAGUGAUGAGAUAGCUGUAACCGAUUCUUUUAACCACCGAGUUCAAAUUUUUAAUGCUAAUGGACUUUAUUUAAGAUCCUUCGGUCGACUAGGUAACGGGAUGGGAGCAUUUAAAACACCAAAGGGAAUUACGUUCCACCAAAAUGGAAAUAUUUUUGUGGCAGACAGAGAUAACCACAGGGUCCAGAUUUUCAGCGGGGAGGGAAACCUCGUGGGAACAUUUGGAGGAAAAGGAAGCCUCGAUGCUCAGCUCACUUUUCCUCGCGGUCUAUCAGUGGAUAGUGAUGGUAAUAUUCUUGUUGCUGAUAAAGGUAACAAAGUAGUCAAGAUCUUUUCCCCAAAUGGCAAGUUUUUAAGGAAGAUAGGUAGACUUGGUUCAUUUACUUUUCCUGCCCACUGUAUUCAGUGUGAUAGAUAUCUCGUAGUGUCAGACAAUUCAGAACAUUGCAUUAAGGUUUUUGACAAGGAUGGAAACUUUCAGUACAAGUUUGGAAGAAAGGGUGCGGGGGACGGAGAGUUCAAAGAUCCCACCGGUUUGUCAGUAAACAAGUCAGGACACUUGAUGGUCUGUGAUGGAGGUAAUCACAGAAUACAAGUACUUGAACUAAGUGGAAAGUUUGUUGGCAAGUUUGGAACAAAAGGUUCAGGCGCUGGAGGACUGGAUCGUCCUAGAUCGAUUUCAGUGCUAAGUGAUGGUCGCAUUGUUGUGUGUGAGACGGCAAACCAUCGCAUUCAGCUGUUCACGUCUUAACCGAAGGAAUGUGAAAGGACAGUCUGAGGAAAAAGCUAGCUCUAGUAACACUUUAAUGUUUAUCUCCGGCUAAUGACCGUAUCUAAGGCAAGAACUGUGCCAUUUUAGAUCUUUCCUGGUUCUUGUGGUUUUAUGAAGAAGAAUUAUCAAACAGCAAGUUCCGCCAGUGAAAGGAACUUGGCCUUGCUCGGAAUAUUCAGUGAAAACAAAGUAGAUUUUUCACUGGUACGUGUUCAGUUUGAUAAAGAGUUAAGGAAAACUUUGGUUGGUUUUUCUUUAUCAUUUCUUUUUCGAUACGGAUCGCUUGAUUCUAUGACUUUUAUGACAGCAAAGGUGAAACUUUGCAUUUAAGAAUGUUGAGAAGUGAAAAGAUCGUCUUUCUUUCCUACGAGAGGGGAGAAUCGGACCAGGCCCCUUUUCUGACGCUUCCCCUCACUUUUUGUUUUUGCAUUACUGUUCUCACGCUUUCGAAAGAAGCUGAGAAUUGUACAGUUAGGAUUUGCUCUCACUAUGUGAUCAUUUGCUUUUUUAGAAAAAUGCUAAUAAAUGUAAAUUUGUAUCCAUAUUGACUAUUGUUGUAACC